AUGCAGAUUUCUGUCGAAAAGCGCGGUAAGAUCUCGGGUGGACGUUUCCCCCUGCAGGUGACCAUGCCAGAGGGUGCCACCCUCGGUAUGUUGAAGGGCGGUAUCAGCCAGCUUGUCCCAUCCCUCUCGGUGGAGCGCCAACGUCUUACAGAUGCUAACAAGGUUGCCUUGCUGGACGACAGCAAGACGCUUACCGAGCUGGGCUUUGGCGAGCAAAAUGUCGUCACAGUCAAGGACCUUGGUCCACAAAUCAGUUGGCGCACUGUGUUCCUGGUGGAAUACGCUGGUCCCUUGUUCAUCCAUCCAUUCUUGUAUUAUGUUUCGCCUUUGUUCUGGUCGCACUUUGGCCGUGCCUUUGAGCAUUCGUUCGUACAGCAUAUUGUUCUUGUUCUUGUCAUGGCACACUUUGCGAAGCGUGAGUUUGAAUCGCUGUUCAUCCAUCGUUUCUCGAAUGCGACCAUGCCUGCUUUCAACAUCAUCAAAAACUCGACGCACUACUGGCUGCUCUCUGGAAUCCUUCUGGGCUGCGGUGUGUACUCGCCUCUUCUGGGUGCUGCUGCUGUGAAAGGUACGAUUCGGGACAACCACCUGUACAUCUGGAGCUGUGUGGCUCUUUGGGUUUUCGCUGAGGCGAUGAACUUCCACUCGCAUGUCAUCCUUAUGAACCUGCGCCCGAAGGGUACUCGUGUUCGUCGUAUUCCUUACGGUGGUGCUUUCGGUCUGGUGAGCUGCCCGAACUACUUCUUCGAAGUGCUGGCAUGGCUGUCCAUUACGAUGAUGACUCUAUCGCUGAGCUCGCUUGUCUUUUUGGUUGUCUCAGCCGCGCAGAUGACUAUCUGGGCGAUCAAGAAGCACAAGAACUACCGCAAGGAGUUUGGCAACCAGUACCCUCGCCAGCGCAAGAUCAUGUAUCCAUUCAUUUUCUAA